AUGACUCUCUGCAGGCUGUUGCUCUUCACUGCUACCGCUGGGAGCGGGGCGGCGCUGGCACCGUAUACGAGGCGUUUCCACCCGGGCUGCACGCGUGAGAGCCCAGCGAAACCGCCGCGGCGCCGCAGAGUCAGUCCAGCUCCGCCGCGGCGCCGCAGCGUGACCCUCCGCGUGCUCGACGACGAGGCGAUCGGGCUUGACCUCGAGGCCCUCGGCGACCUCGGAGCGCUCGACGACGCUGCCAGUCUGGACCUGGACGCCCUCGUCGCCGGCGCGGGCCUGACCGUCGCGAGCACCGCGGCGCUCGCCGACGCGGGCGGCGCGGUGCCGGCGCUCGCCGCGGACCUCUCCGGAGGGGGCGCCGCGGCGCUCGGCGCAGCGGAGCUGCUCGCGUUUGAACGGGACGGCCACAUCUGCACGCGCGGGCUCUUCUCGUCCGACGAAGUCGAGGCGAUGUACAAAUCAAUGGAGGCCGUGAGCCGCGUCGAGUCUAAAUCAGCGGAGCGCCACGCCGUCGCGAUGAACGACGCCAUGGGCGGCGAGCGCGCGCCGUUCCUGCAGACCUUCAACCCCCACCGGCGCCACCGGCCGGCGUUAAAAGUGGCGACGUGCGCGCGGCUCGCGGCGACGGCGCGGGCGCUGCUCGGCGUCGAAGAGGUGCAGCUCUACCAGUCGUGCCUCUUCAAGAAGCGCGCCGGCGACGAGGCGACGAACUGGCACAGCGACCUGCACACGAGUCCCUUGGACACGAACGACUUCGUGACGUGCUGGUUCCCGCUGCACGAUUUGGAGGCGGACAGCACGGGGCUCUGCUACGCGACGGGCUCGCACCGCGACCUGGCGCUGCCCAUGUGGUACGGGCAAGGGUUUGAUGCUGAUGGAAGGUACGAGCUGGAAGACCACGGCGCGUAUCAAGCAGGGGAUGUCUCGUGGCAUCAUGGCUGGUUGCUCCACAGCGCCGCCGAUAAUCGGUCGCCGCGCGACCGGCUCGCCGUCGCCGUGUCCUUCUUUGGAAGUGGUGCGCGGGUGAUCGAGGAAGACGGUCUCGCGUGCGUCAACGACGAGGACCACCCGUCCUACGACGACUGGCUGCCGGACUUGGCGCCCGGGGACUUGGCGGCGCACGAGUUGCUGCCGGUGGUAAGGUAG